UCUCACUCUCUCCCCCUCCCCUCUCUAUCUCUCUCUCUCUCUCCCAGUGUACCUUUCUCAUGCUUUCUGUACAUGUGAAAGACAGAGAAGAUGUAAAUGGUAUAUAAGUAACGGAUGUAAGGGGAGAUAAAGUAUUUAAUUUUACAGCACACUUACAGUACUUACAGUACUAUCACAGUAUUAACAUUGUGUCUUCUGACUAUAUUCUUUGUCUCCUUAAUAGGUUAGCAUUAAUAUCUGCAAUGUGAAGUGUGCAGUAUCUAUAUGCCUUUAGGGUUCCUUAUCAAGUCUGACUGAGUCCCAAUCUGCAGAUGCCUGAUAAGGAAUGUUCCCAGGUAAUAAAAGUGUAACGAUGUGCUUGUGUUCAGUCUGUGCCUUUAAUAUCUGCAGCACCAUUCCCUCUGUUGAGGCCAGUAAACCAUGAGAUAAUGGAUGCCUCUCCCAUUGUUGUGUCCACCUCACCCACUGGCCUCUGAGUGUGGGAAAGCUAACCCAGCCUGGUACACACGGCUUUGUAAUGCUAAUGGUCUCCUAUAAAUGGGGGAGUGGGCUCCUCUCUCAGCUCACAACCCUCUCGCCUUCCUCAGAGAAGCACACUCUCUGUCUAACAGAAUGGCUCCUACCUACACCAGCGACUCUGACAACACCAUGCUCUCUACUAAAGACAAACAUAAACUAAGGAAACCAGUUGUGGAGAAGAUGCGUAGAGACCGCAUCAACACCUGCAUAGAGCAGCUCAAGACCCUUCUGGAGCGGGAGUUCCACAAACAGGACCCCAAUGCCAAGCUAGAGAAGGCUGACAUCCUGGAGAUGACGGUGGGGUUCCUGAAGCAGCAGCUGCAGCCUCAGCGCCCAGUCCUUCAGAGGGCCCACAGUGAGGGCUACUCCCAGUGCUGGAGGGAGACACUGCACUUCCUGUCUUCCAGCUCCAUGAAGGACAUGAUGCUCCAUAACCUCCAGAGAGCUGAACAGGACAUCUGUCUCUCCUCUCCACUCUCCUCCCAACACCAAAACCACAGCCAGGGCCCAGUGAAGCAGGCCAUCACAGGCCACAAAUCAGUCUGGAGGCCUUGGUAGAACCACCGCAUCGAGAGACUAUCUCACAAACUGGAUGGAUGUUUACCAUCUUUCUUGCUGUAGGAAAUACAUUUCCAAACGUUAUAUUGAAAUUAUAUUAUUUUCUUGUUAUAUUUGAACGGAAUUCUACUGAUGUGAUUGUUUGUUCUCAGAGAAGAAGCUGAAAACAUAUUUGUAUUAAUUCAUAAUGAAGAAUAUGUUUGAUAUUUUACGUGUAUGUUUAUGUGUGCAUGCAUUUUGUGCUCACUUGAUGCACCAAUGUGUUCUUUAAUCCUUUCAUUUUCUUUGAAGAUGAUUUGUAAAGGUCACAUCUUAACGUUUAUGGUUGCUUAGCUAACUCAAAUCUUGCUUUAACUCUAUUAUAUGUACUGUCCUAUUGAAGGACAUUUACAAAUGCUUUGAUAUGUCUUUUGUAAAGGCUUUUUGGGACAUUGUUGUUCCACCAUAGGCACUGUUGUGCUGUGAAAUGUAUUGUUGACACUGUGUGUCUUUCAUUCUCACUUGAUAAAGUGAACAGAUACCUAAAAUGGAUUCCAAUAAAUGUU